AUGCCCACCUAUCUGUGCCACGGCUUCCGCUGGCACCGCAUGAGCAUCCUGCGGCACAUUGCCCGCAACGACCUCGAGGAUGCCGCCCUUCAUUGGAUCAUUGCCCCCCGCAGCAAGGUCCAGAUCGUCGAGAGCCUUCACGACAUGCUGGGAUUGUCCGCCGGUCUAGAUCAUGGAGAGGCUGACACGCUGGCCGCCGAGGCAGAUCGUCAGCCUCUCACGGCCAGCGCCGAGGCAGCGACCCUGCCAGCGAGUCUGCAACAAGAAGGCGACAGGGUCGAGGAGAGGGUCGACGACACCAUCUCGCCAGCUCUAGCGCCAGGAUCGUCGCCACCGCUACCCGAUAUCAUCUUGCUCGAGGAGUACGACCCAAGCGACCUCAAGACUUUUGCCGCUCCAUGGGCUUACGUGGCGGACUAUGCUGUCCGAGUGGACCGCUCCGUGUCUGUGCCAGCGGAGAUGAAGCGUUAUGAGGAGGCACAGAGCACAAGGGCCAUGGAAGGCCUCCAACUAGGAUCCACAAGGGCGGAGAAGGAGUCCAGGUCAUGGCUGACUUCGCUGCGUGACGAGGUUCAGGCUGAGGAGUGCAUAGAUUGGUAUAUUGUGGUGUGUGGCGACGAAGCCCGGGAUGUAUCUUCGGAAGGAGAAGAAGACGACAGCGAAGAGGGCUCGGUGGUCUAG